GAAGGCGGGGCUGAGUUUUAGAAACCGGACCGUGAAGCUUUGCGCUUCCUCUUUCCAGCCAGCGCCGAGCGAUGGGCAUCUCUCGGGACAAUUGGCACAAGCGCCGCAAGACCGGGGGUAAGCGAAAACCCUACCACAAGAAGCGGAAGUAUGAGCUGGGACGGCCCGCUGCCAACACGAAGAUUGGCCCUCGCCGCAUACACACAGUCCGAGUUCGAGGAGGCAAUAAGAAGUACCGCGCCCUGAGAUUGGAUGUGGGGAACUUUUCCUGGGGCUCUGAGUGUUGUACUCGCAAAACAAGGAUCAUUGAUGUUGUCUACAAUGCAUCCAACAACGAGCUUGUCCGCACCAAGACCCUGGUGAAGAACUGCAUCGUGCUUAUUGACAGCACGCCGUACCGACAGUGGUACGAGUCCCACUAUGCACUGCCCCUGGGCCGUAAGAAGGGGGCCAAGCUGACUCCUGAGGAGGAAGAGAUUUUAAACAAAAAACGAUCAAAGAAAAUUCAAAAGAAAUACGACGAAAGGAAAAAGAAUGCCAAAAUCAGCAGUCUCCUGGAGGAGCAGUUCCAGCAGGGCAAGCUUCUAGCCUGUAUUGCCUCAAGACCAGGCCAGUGUGGCAGAGCAGACGGCUAUGUGCUCGAAGGCAAGGAGCUGGAGUUCUAUCUUCGGAAGAUCAAAGCCCGGAAAGGCAAAUGAGCCUCAUGCAUAGUGUAAUAAAGGUGUCUGCUGUUCUAUAUG